CGUGUCGCCGCCACCUCGCUCUAUCCACGGUUUCCUGUUGUUAGUCGGUACCGUCGCGCGACCGCCGUUUUCAUCGGCCAACUACCACGAAAACACAACGGAAUCGGAACGGAUCGACGCUACUACCACCAAGGCAUUCUGAGCGAAGCGAUGAUGAAUGUAUUGAUUUUACAAUGAUGUGUGUUUUUUUUUUUUUGUGUCUGUCAUCACCUUCUAGGACAGUAAAAGUGCUUGGAUUUUCUUCAACAGUACCUUUUUUGAUGACUACAGCGGCUGCAGAGGCAUCGGCAGCAGCGACAGUUGCAAAGAUGAAGUCGACAACUGCGGAUGAUGACAGCGGCUGCAGCGUGAAAGCGAGAGAUCUAUGGGUGGACGUUAACGGCGUGCCCACUCGAGUGCUGUGUUGGGGCCAGCCAAUUGACGAGGACAAUAAACAUGAAUUAAAGAGAGUAGUGCUGUGCGUGUGCGGCAACCCGGGUGUAACGGAGUUUUAUGAAAAAUUUCUGCAAGAAGUCUAUCGGACCCUCAACGUUCCUGUCUGGGUGUUAUCGCAUGCAGGUCAUGAAGUUCCACCGUCGAAUUUGGGACUUACAGUCCCUGACCCUAAAAAGUAUCCCGAUCUUUACACGGUAAAAGGACAAAUAGAACAUAAAUUAAGGUUUAUCGAGAAGUACGUACCAGAUAAUUGCGAUCUAUAUUUUGUGGGUCAUUCAGUCGGGUCGAAAAUUAUAUCAGAAUUGCUAAAGGACAGUGCAAUGGCCCAGAGAUUAUCUGUUAAACGUUCAGUGUUCCUGUUUCCCACUCUACAGAAAAUGCGUGAGACGCCUAACGGACGUAAACUUAUAUUUACUGCGUCCAAUUUUCUAUCCAUCACAAUAUUUUUAUCUUGGAUUUUUACUACAUUUCCGGCUUUUAUCAAAACAUUUUUGGUAAAUAUGACCCUAAUAAUCAUGGAAGGAGGACGUGUCGAAGAUCAUGUUAUCAGGUCAGCCGUGCGUUUGGUUCAUCCAAUGGUGUUGCGCAACGUAUUUUCAAUGGCAGUAGACGAAAUGGAUAAAAUAUACGAUUUGGACGUCAAGCCGUUGAAGGACAACGCGAAAAGAUUGCACAUGUACUUCGGCAAAACCGACAAUUGGUGUCCGACGUCGUUCUAUGACGACAUCAGCAAGUGCGUGCCGGAAGCAGAGACUGUACUGUGCGACAAAGGUUACCAACACGCGUUCGUGAUCGGUCAUUCCGACGAGAUGGCUGGCAUCGUGUGCGACUGGCUCCAACUCGACCUAGGGGACGCUAAAGCGCAGUAGUAUGCACUGACAUUGGACGUCAUCUGCAUCGACUGUUGUUCGCCUUCAGUGUUAAGAAAUUUUAUUUUUAUAUAUUUAUUUUUUAAAUUAUUAUUUUAUAAAUAUCUUUUUGUACCUAUA